CACACACACACACACACAGCAGGCCUCGCCUCCCUGGUAUGAUAACAGCAGCUGGGAUUAAUGCUUAAACUUGCCCUUUGUAGGUGCGCUCGGUCUUCUUUGAGACACAGUGGUGCAGGAGACACUCUGACCGGGGCGUGACGCACCUGUCCUUGCUGCUAAGGAUCAUGGGAAGCCGCGGGAGGCUGUAGGUGGUGUUCGGAGAGAGAGAGAGAGCGAGAGAGAGAGAGAUCCACUGAUCGAUCAUGAGGAGGUUUUUCCGAGCGGACAGGAACGAGGACCACAGUCAGAUCCAGUAUCUGACGGCCAAGUGCACCCGGCUGGCUCACGACAACGGUGAGAAUAAAAGUUACACAUUUACAUUUCCCUGCUGCUCGCUGCCAUUGUGACCGUGCCAGUCAUUUGUGUUACUUCUGUCUGCUCAAAUUCACUGCAGUGUUUUUCUCUAAAUGAAAUGUCUGAGAUUCUAUAAUCGCUCAUGGUCCUCUGGUAUGUGAAGGUGGAUUCUGCCUCUUACUAAAGUUCAUGUCACUAACGGGCAGAAAACAAAAUCAUAAAACCGCAGAAGGAACGUUAACCGGAGAGUUCCCUCCAGUCCCUCCCUCAAGUUCAAAGGUCAACUGUGGGUGUGUCGUGUAUUUAGGACCUCGCCGCAGAAAAAUGUCCUCACGAGUCCUCUCCUAAUAAUCGGUUUUAGCUUUAAUGAGAGAAAUCACACUGAUUAAAAUAAAUAUUGUAAAAAGGAAACAGAACACUUUGAUUGAACGAUGUGAUGUCCAUCAUAUGAUGCAUUAUUAUGUCUUAUAACAUCUAAAGCAAUGGGUGACGGGUGGGUGGCCAAUCAGAAUCAGAACUAAACAAUAAACAACAUGAGGUGCGGACAGAGAAGAUGAAUCCAAAGAAACGGCGAAUGUUAACCGCGCUGAAUGUUAAAAGUGGCGAAUGAUCGACCGCAUCGACGUACGCCAUGAGGACCACAGAGUGAGAGACGAGGACGGGAUCCAAAAGAAAUAUGUGUGGAAGCAAUUAAGGACACACAAGUGCAGUGAUGAGGUGAGAGGGACGGGGGGGGGAAAGUGUCUCAAGGCCAGAAGUGACAUACGACCCUUUAUCUCAAGCGUCACGGUUCUAAGUAAAAAGAGGGUGAUUCCUGAAACAGCGGCUCUGACUCGGCUCUGUGCCGCUGCAGCGAUGCUCGACAGGGAGAUGCUGCUGGCCCGAGGCCGCGAGAGGAAGCUGCACAGCGAGCUGGAGGCCGCGGCCUCUGGACUCCGCCUCCGCGAUCAGAUCAACGCGGAGCUCAGGAUGAGAGAGGAGCAGCUCAUCGGCAGGAUCCACCAGCAGCAGGACCUGGUGCACCGGCUGCAGCAGCGCCUGCUCCUGCUGGCGGAGGCGAGCUCCCGGGACGGCGAGCUGCUGCGGCAGGUCGGCACAGAGCUGCUGUGCCUGCAGAGCUCCGAGGUGGAGCUGGAGGGCCUGGUGGAGGAGCUGCACGCCGAGGCCCAACGCAAGGCCGGGAUGGCAGAGAGCCUCCAGGCGGAGCUGCACGCUGAGGCCCAGCGCCGGGCCGCCCUGACGGAGAGCCUGCAGGCGGAGCAGCGCAGGAAGAGGGCCGAGCUGGAGGAGCUACGAGACACCAACCAAACGCUGACGGACGAGCAGAAGGAUCUACGCUCGGCUCACCAGACGCAGGUGAGGGAGCUGCAGCAGGAGAACGAGGGGAGUCUGAGGAAGCUGCAGGCGACGGCGGAGCAGUUCGAGUGGCUCUGUCAGCAGCAGCGCGGCUGGAUGUGUUGUGUCAAGAGAUUCAAGGACAGCCUGAUGGAGGAGAGGGACGCUCUGCUGCGACAGGUCGUCGCCCUCAACAAGAAGGUCGAGGAGCUGAAGAAGAGUUUGCGCGAAGACGCUCCCACGCAGAGCGUCCUCCGUCCCCCGCAGGACACUAAACGCCGUGACAGCAGCUUAACGUCGUUGGACGCAGACGCUGUGGCUGACCUGGAGUCUCGGGUGGAGAAGUCAAACAUGCUGUACGCGGCGCUCUUUAACCAGGCAGGAGUCCUCAUCAGCGGAUACCAACACCCUCCUUGAGGACCUGCAGCCUGCAGCCUGGACUCGUCUUCCUCUUCUCUUCCCACCUUCUGCAAACCACAACUUUACCGCUAAAUGUUUGUGUGCGCGGUGAACUUUGUAAAAUACCCGCCAGUCGUUGUCGUAAAAAAAAAAGAAAAGAAAAGAAAACAUGGAACAGCUUAACCGACUCGUUCCCAGAGCCUUUUUUCCCCCUGUCUUCCUUUUACUGUGACACGUGCACAUCACAUGAUGUCACAUUCUCCCGUAAUCGUCCGUUACUCAGACCGUGUAAUCAACACCACCAACCAGAGCGGUGAAGCACCUGCGAAUGUUCUCUUCUGUUGUGUUGCCAAUGAAUCCUCUCUCGGGGGAAGCAGCUGCUGGCGAGCAACAGGAAACAACAAAACGUGCCGUUCAGAGCAAACCGAGGCCCGGCGGAUGGUUUCCUCCGCACGGAGGAUCUGGUUCAUCUCCGCUCCGAACGAGGGGAGAUCCUCACUUAUCAGCACGGAACAGGGAGACGUACGGGAGGGGCCAGUGCUGUCGACUCGAUGGUCUUCAUCGAAAUGGGAAACAUGUGACGCACACAUGCUUCGAGUAACCCUUUGGUUGCUGGACUGACGCGACGAAGCCUCGAGUCCGACGGCAUCGCCGUCGUGGAUUACACGGUCACUUUGUGCAAGUUACGAUAAUUGGAAUCACAACAAGCUCCGCCCUAAAGCAUAUUCGUGCGCUAUGGUUUAGUGGACCGUAAUAUACUAAAUGAACAUCA